UCGGAAGAUUCACACUGGAGAGCGGCCGUUCGCCUGUCCUGACUACGGCAGGGGAUUGUCAGUCAUCCCAACUGCAUUCACCUCAGUGAGCUCUCACACUGGGGGGAGGCCGUUCAACUGCUCGCUGUGUGCGAAGGGAUUAAUUCGGUGAUUAGAGCUGCUGAAACAAGAGUUCACACUGGAGAGAGGCCAUUCAUCCGUCCCACCUGCUGGAACACCAGCCACUUCACGGCGGGGGAGGAGCUUCAAAUAAACUCUGCGUGAAAUUCUUAAUCAUCGCAGUGGCUGACUCCAGUUGCAAGUUCCCGACCGAUCCCGCAGUUAUUGAAGCUGCUCGUCGCGCCCUGGACUGAAUCCCGGUCUCUGAGCACCGGAGGGGUUUGUUCUGCCGACGUUCGCCUUUAAUUGGAUUCGGCUUGAAGACUCAACUGCUUAUUCCUCUGUAUAGACGCUGCCUGGCCUGCCGAGUUCCUCCAGUAUUCUGCGAGCGUUGCUGACUAUUUCCAGCAUUUGAAGAAUCUCUUGUGUUUUAUUUCUGCAAUUUUUCAGUGGAUUGGACUUCGAGACAGGUGCCGAGCAGAUUAUUUAGGGGAGCUUGCUCCGUUAAGGUUAGAAAUGGCAAGUCACUUCUGUACGGGAAUGUCAAACACAACAACACAACAGUUCUCCCGUGUCUGUCCGGAUAUUUAAGGAGUGGCCAGAUAGUUCGUUUGUAACACCAAUAUUCCUGUUGUCAAUCCUUGAAGAUGAAGAUGAAUCUCAUCCCAACUGGAAACGUGCUUCAUAUCUGAAAUGAAGUGAAGUUUUCCGUUUUAGCUCCACUGAAACUGGGGUGCUGAGAACACACCAGCAUUUGUUCAGCAGAGAUCAGUUCUUCAACUGAGGAGUUCACCAUCUGACAUCUGACUUGAGGAAUCAUCUGAGAACUGAUAGCAAGAAGAUAUCAUUCCCCCGCUUUCAGUGUGGGAAGGGAUUCAAUCGCUCAACGAUCUGCAGAUUCACCAGUGAAUUCACAAGGGAGAGAGACGGUUCAACUCUUCUGUGUAUGGGAUUAGUUCCACUCAGUCAUCUGAUCUUCUGACACACAAGGGAGAGGCUGUAUAUCUGCUCUGAAUGUGGGAAGGGGUUCACGCGGUCAUCCCACCUACAAACACACCAGUCAUUUCACAUUGGGGAGAGGCCAAUCACCUGCUCCGUGAGCGGGAGGGGAUGUAGUCAGUCAUCCAGGCUGAAGAUACCUCAGCAAGUUCACACCACAGACUGCGGGAAGCAAUUCACUCUGUCGGUCAAGCUGAGGAGAUGUGAGAGAAUUCACACCAGUGAGCGGCUGUCCACCUGCUCCUGUGGAAUGAGAUUCACUCACUCACCUCUCCGCAGACAAGCAGUGAAUUCACAAAUGAGAGAGACUUCAACUUUCCUCAGUCAUUUGAUGUGCUGACACAUGAGAGAGACUGCGUAUCUGCUCAGAUUGUUGGCAGGGAUUUACUCAGUCAUUUUAACUGAAGGUAUAUCAGCGGGUUUGCAUGGGGGAGAGGCUGUUCACCUCCUCCUCAGGCAGCAAGUGAUCUUCUCAGUCAUUCCACCCGCAGUCACACCAGGGAGAGGCCACUCACCUGCUGAGUCGCUGAGAAGGGAUUUACCCUGACAUACCACGUACACAUACCUGUCAGAUCACCCUGGGGAAAUGCCGUUCACCUGCUCAGACUGUGGGAAGAGUUUUCCUCACCUCUCUUACCUGCAAAGGCACCAACGUGUUCACACGGGCGAGAGGCCGUACAUCUGCUCUGAAUGUGGGAAGGCAUUCACUCAGUCGUCCAACCUACAGAAACAUCAGUCACGUCACACUGGGGAGAGGCCGUUCACCUGCUCAGUCUGUGGGAAGGGAUUCACUGAAUCAUCUCAACUGAAGGUACACCAGCGAGUUCACACUGGGGAGAGGCCGUUCACCUGCUCUGAAUGCGGGAAGGGGUUCACCACAUCAUCCAACCUACAGACCCAUCAGCGAGUUCACACUGGCGAGAGGGCGUAUACGUGCUCAGAGUGUGGGAAGGGAUUUACUAGGUCAAAUGACCUGCUGGCACACCAGUCAGUUCACACUGGGGAGAUGCCAUUCAUCUGCUCAGACUGUGGGAAGGGAUUUCCUCGGUCGUCUCACCUGAAGGUACAUCAGCAAGUUCACAGUGGGGAGAGGCCGUUCACCUGCUCUGAAUGUGGGAAGGGAUUCUCUCAGUUGUCCAAUCUACAGACGCAUCAGCGAGUUCACAUGGGUGAGAGGCCAUUCACCUGCUCAGACUGUGGGAAGGGAUUCAUUCGGUUAUCUGACCUGCAGAAACACCAGUCAGUUCACACUGGGGAGAGACCCUUCACCUGCUCAGUGUGUGGGAAGGGAUUCAUCACAUCAUCCAACCUACAGACACAUCAGCGAGCUCAUACGGGGGAGAGACCGUUCACCUGCUCAGACUGUGGGAAGGGCUUCACUCGGUCAUCUGACCUACUGGCACACCAGUUAGUGCACACUGGGGAGAGACCGUUCACCUGCUCAGACUGUGGGAAGGGAUUUACUCACUCAUUUCAGCUGAAGGUACAUCAGCGAGUUCACACCGGGGAGAGGCCGUACAUCUGCCCUGAAUGUGGGAAGGGAUUCACUCUGUCAUCCAACCUGAUGAGACACCAGAGAGUUCACAGGGUUGAGGGGCCGUUUGACUCUUCUAUGUCUGGGAAAUGAUUCACUCGGUCACCCAACCUUGCCAUGCACAACCGAGUUCACUCUGGGGGAAGAAAGUUUCAAUAAGUUGCAUGCGGAAUAUUUCACCGUGACAGUUGCUGAGUCCAGGGGCAAGUUCAGAAGUGAGUGUGGUGUUGACUUCAGCAAUUAUCGCUGCUGCUCAUCACACCCAGUGCCGCACCCUGGUCACUGGGCUUGGGAGGAGUUUCCUCUGCUGAUGUUCACCUGUAAUGGGACUGGAGUUUCAUAUUCUGCAUCUGUGACUAAUAAUUAAAUUGUACUUUAAACCCUGUCUCAGGUGCUCAGUGAACCUACAGAAUACACAGUGUACAGUGGGGAGUCAAUUCAGCCCAGCUGAUCUGACAACGUUUCUGUUCCACGACAGCCCUUUAACUCCAUCCCUGCUGUUCACCUCUCACUCUCCCUGUGGUCAUGGGUUCCAAAUGGUCUCUGCACUGUGUGUGAGGAGGUUUCCCUGGAAUUCCCUGCAUGAUUUUCUGCAGGCUGAAGAAGAACGAGCUCACUGCAGUUAUGUCUCCCGUGUUCUUUGUCCCUUCAAUCUCUGCACUGAGGGAGAAUGCUGUCGGUUGUUAACCUCCGUAUUCCAGGCUCAUUUCAAUGUCGUGGGUCAUUCUCACUGCUUCUGAAGGGCUGUUAGAAUGCACCACCGUCCUCUGAACUCAGAGAGGAGGGUGGGGAACCAUUAGCUGGGUGUUCAGUGGAGCUGGAUGAGAAACCAGGGAUGGGUCGGCAGGGGUCAGGGUUUGGGGCUGUGGGCAGUGGUGGGGGUCGGAGCAAAUGAUGAGGAACAGGGGUGUGGCAAUGAAUGACAGAGUGGCAACAUUUGGAGACUGAAGGACAGGGAAACAAACUCGGUAAACUUCGACUGCACAAAUACAACACGCUUUCCCUAUCCCGUGUUUUGGCUGCACACAGCACCAGGCUGGAUUUGUCCAGGCUCUGGUUGCAGACACGUGUUUGUUUUGUGGAAGAUCCCAGAAGUCCGGUUAUCGAGUACAGGCACUAUUAAAAUUCAGACCGGACGUACUUGUUCUGAUUGGCCGGUCACAAACAGGGGAAAAUCUGCAGAUGCUGGGAAUCCAAGGCAACACACACAAAAUGUUGGGACGCAUGUGGCACUUGUUCCGUUUGCAAGGAUAAGUGUCAGGAGAGAGGUCAGUGGGGAGGGAUGAGUGGACAAGGGAGUCACGCAGGGAACGAACCCGCGGAAAGUUGGCAGGAAAGGGAAAGAUGCGCUUGGUGGGUAUCCGUUGGAGAUGACAGAAGUUCUGGAGAAUCGUGCUGGAUGUGGAGACUGGAGCGGUGGUAGGUGAGGACAAGAAGAACCCUGGUGUGGUGAUGGGAGGAAGGGUUGAGGACAGAUGUGUGUGAAAUGGAAGAGAUGUGGGUGAGGGCAGUUUUGAUGGUGGAGGAAAGGAAGACCCUUUCUUUGAACAAGGAAGACAUCUCCUUCAUUCUGGGAUUGAAAGCCUCAUCCUGAGAGCAGAUGCGGCAGAGACGGAGGAACUGAGAGAAGGGGAUGGCAUUUUUACUUGUGGCAGGACGAUAGGAAGUAUAGUGCAGAAUCCUUUGUCAUUUCAUCCCUUCCACUGAUCUCCC